CGCCGCCCCCCCGGCAGCCCAUGCCCGGCAACGCCGAGCUGGAGGAGCGAUUCGGCCGCGUCUUGAAUUCCAUGAACCUGCCCCCGGACAAGAUGAAGCUGCUCAACCAGUACGACAACGAGAAGAAGUGGGAGCUGAUCUGUGACCAGGAGCGUUUCCAGGUGAAGAACCCCCCGUCUGCCUACAUCCAGAAGCUGAAGAGCUACUUGGACACGGGUGGGGUCAGCAGGAAGUUCAAGAGGAGGGUGCAGGAGUCCACACAGGUGCUGCGGGAGCUGGAGAUCUCCCUGAGGACCAACUACAUCGGAUGGGUUCAGGAGUUCCUCAACGAGGAGAACAAGGGGCUGGACGUGCUGCUGGAGUACCUCGCCUUCGCCCAGUGCUCCGUCGCGUACGACAUGGAGAGCUCAGAGAACAGCCCCGGCUCUGACAAGGGCAAGGAGAGGUCUCUGGAGGACCUGAACAGGAGCAGCUCCUCGUCCCCCACGCAGGGCUCCUCCAAGCCGCGGCCCCUCACUGUAAGGCUGAACCCCUCGCACAGCAGGAAGACGCUGCGCAACUCGCGGCUCGUCAGCCAGAAGGACGAUGUCCAUGUGUGCAUCAUGUGCCUCCGCGCCAUCAUGAACUACCAGUCUGGCUUCAGCCUGGUGAUGAACCACCCGGCCUGCGUCAACGAGAUCACCCUGAGCCUCAACAACAAGAGCGCCAGGACCAAAGCUCUGGUGCUGGAGCUGCUGGCCGCUGUCUGCCUGGUCCGAGGGGGACACGACAUCAUCCUGGCUGCCUUUGACAACUUCAAAGAGGUCUGCGGGGAGAAGAAUCGCUUUGAGAAGCUGAUGGAGUAUUUCAGAAAUGAGGACUCCAACAUUGACUUCAUGGUGGCCUGCAUGCAGUUCAUCAACAUCGUGGUGCACUCGGUGGAGAACAUGAACUUCCGAGUGUUCCUGCAGUACGAGUUCACCCACCUGGGGCUGGACCAGUACCUGGAGACCCUGCGCCUCACCGAGAGCGACAAGCUGCAGGUGCAGAUCCAAGCCUACCUGGACAACGUCUUCGACGUGGGGGCCAUGCUGGAGGACUCGGAGACCAAGACGGCGGUGCUGGAGCACAUGGAGGAGCUGCAGGAGCACGUCAGCCAGCUGACAGAGAAGCUGCAGGAUGCGGAGAACGACUCCAUGGCCAAGAUAGCGGAGCUGGAGAAGCAGCUGAGCCAGGCGCGGCGGGAGCUGGAGGAGCUGCGGGAGCAGCUGAGCCCGCCGCGGCCGCCCAGCCCGCCUUGCCCGCAGCCGCAGGAGUGUUACCGGCUGGCGCUGGAGCGGCGGCUGGCGGAGCUCGAGGAGAAGGGGCUGGUGCAGAUCCUGCGUGGGCCCGACGGAGACGUCGCCAUCGAGAUUGUCCCCGUUGUCAUAGAAACCCCCGCAACGCCCGUGGUUUCCGGGGACAGCACCGCCGCCACCACCCCAGGUACCGCGGCUGCGAGGGGAUAUGCUCCGGCUCUGGCCCCACCGCCCCCACCCCCCCCGCCUCCCCCACCCCCCCCACCCCUACCGGGGGCUGAUCCCAUCCCCCCCCCACCCCCCGCACCCCCCCUGCCCGCGGGCACCCCCACACCCCCCCCAGCCCCCCCCCUCCCCGGUGCCCCGGCGCCACCGCCCCCCCCACCGCUCCCGGGGGGACCGGAGGGCCCCGUGCCCCCCCCUCCGCCACCCCCUCCCCUCGGUGGGGAACCCCCAGCCGGGCCGGGAGCCCCCUCCAGCACCAAUGGUUCAGUGAAGGUGAAGAAGCCGAUCCAGACCAAGUUCCGCAUGCCCGUCUUCAACUGGGUGGCGCUGAAGCCGAGCCAGAUCGACGGCACCGUGUUCACGGAGCUCAACGACGAGAAAGUGCUGCAGGAGCUGGACAUGAGUGACUUUGAGGAGCAGUUCAAGACCAAGGCUCAGGGCCCUGCCCUGGACAUCAGUGCCCUCAAGGCCAAGGCCACGCAGAAGGCGCCCAGCAAGGUGACCCUGAUGGAGUCCAACCGUGCCAAGAACUUGGCCAUCACCCUGCGCAAGGGCGGCCGCAGCGUCCAGGACAUCUGCACGGCCAUCGAGACGUACGACCAGCAAGCCCUGAGCCUCGACUUCCUGGAGCUGCUGCUGCGCUUCCUGCCCACCGAGUACGAGCGCAGCCUCAUCGGGAAGUUCGAGCGGGAGCAGCAGCCACCGGAGGAGCUGUCGGACGAGGAUCAGUUCAUGGUGCGCUUCAGCAAGAUCCCGCGGCUGGCCGAGCGCAUGAACGUCAUGAUCUUCCUGGGCAGCUUCGGGGACACGGCCCAGCUGCUGAUGCCGCAACUCAACGCCAUCAUCGCUGCCUCCAUGUCCCUCAAGUCCUCCAGCAAACUGCGGCACAUCCUCGAGAUCGUGCUGGCCUUCGGGAAUUACAUGAACAGCAGCAAGAGAGGGGCUGCCUAUGGAUUCCGUCUGCAGAGCCUCGACGCGCUGCUCGAGAUGAAGUCCACAGACCGCAAGCAGACGCUGCUGCACUACCUGGUGCGGGUGAUCAUGGAGAAGUACCCGGAGCUCACCGGCUUCCACACCGAGCUGCACUUCCUCGACAAGGCGGGCACAGUGUCCCUGGAUGGGGUCCUGCAGGACGUGCGGAGCCUGCAGCAGGGCAUGGAGCUGACCCGCAGGGAGUUCAUGCGGCAGGACGACAGCCCCGUGCUCAAGGACUUCCUCAAGGUCAACUCGGAGGUGAUGGAGAAGCUGCAGGCUGACAGCAAAACCGCCAAGGAAGCCUAUGAGUCAGCUGUGGAAUAUUUUGGGGAGAACCCCAAGACCAGUCCCCCCACCACCUUCUUCCCCAUGUUCAUGCGCUUCAUCAAAGCCUACAAGAAAGCAGAGCAGGACAUUGAGCUGUGGAAGAAGCAGGAGGCUGCAGCCAAGGAGGCAGAAUCCGGCUCCCCUGGCAGCGAGCAGCAGCCCGAGCUGCCUGUCCAGAAGGCCAGGAGGCAGCAGAUGGACAUGAUAGCUGAGCUGAAGAAGAGGCAGAUGGUGAAGGAGCCGCUCAUCUAUGAAGGCAAAGAUGGGGCCAUCGAGGAUAUAAUUUCAGAUCUGCGGAACAACCCGUACCGGCGGGGGGACAAGGCCCGCGGCAGCGCCAAGAAGCGGGCGGCGGGGCAGAGCCUGCAGGCGACGCCGGACAUGGCGCUGUGACCGGCGCCGUCCCUGCAGCGGCAGCACCGGGCCAGCCCCGUCCUCCCGACACGGAUGGCACCGCAGGGUGUCGGUCCCUGUGCCCGGGGCUCGGCGGGAUGGACAGACAGUGCCCGCUCCGAGCUGCUCCAGCCGCUUGAUGUGCCAGCUCUGCUGGGCGCAGCACCCCCGGCGCUUGCUUGGCCGCGUCCCUGAGCUCCUCUCCGUAGCCUGGCGGGUUGUCCUGGCCACAGGGAAGCACAAAAAGGGCUCCGGCUUGUCCUGGAAGGAAUAGAGAGGCUGUCCCAUCCCUUCCCCGGCCCUGUGUCCUUGUCCCACCCUGCGGGAGGGGAGGGGGUGUCAGCCAGGGACACAGCGCUCCCCGCACAUCUCCCCGCACAUCUCAUCUCACAUCUCAUCUCGCAUCUCAUCUCCCCCGGCCCGCAGAGCCCCCCAGAGCCGCCUUCCCAGCCCGGGCACCUCCCAGAGCCAGGGGCUGGCAGCGGUGCUAUUGUACAGCAUUUUAUAAAGUCUUCCUUCGAAUUUCUCCGCGCUGCGGCAGCGGGGAUUGGAACCCCCCCACGCAGGGCGGCCCCAGGGCUGUGGCGAGCAGCGCUGCGGAGGCUCCGGAGCUGCGACAAUCAGCAGCAGGGACAAAUUUCCCUGCGAGGGGGUAGCAUCUCCAUUCACCUGCAUCUCCAGCAGCCUCUGGGAUGAAUUGGGACUGUCAGCUUUGUGGGGCUCCCCGUUUUCUCGGGUGGGACUCUCAGGAGAUGCCGCAGCCCCAAUCCCUGCCGCCGCCUGCAGAAGCGGCCCCGGAGCCGCACGAACCUCUCGGUACCGAUCCAGACCCGGCUCUCCCUCCCUGCCCUGCCCCGCUGCUGCUCAAUAACCCCGCAGUGCCGUAGUUAAACCUCUCCUGGUGCAUUCACCCUGCUCCUCCCUCCUCCCAGCCCGUCCUUCCUCGCUUCAGCCACAGCAGCCGCUGCUUCCUGCUGUAUUUAAGCUGCUUCAGCGCCGGCUCCGUGUCCGGGGAGGGAUGGGAAAUGAAUGUGUAACUUAUAAAUGCCUUUUAGCCAGAAAUGUAAACCAUUAACUGCUCAUUUGUAUACAUUAUUUUUAUAUACUGAAGGCCUGUUUAAUCUAAAGCAGAACUGUAAUAAAAACAUCUCAGAGUUGAUGAA